UAUGUCAGCGAACGCAAAUUAUAGUGGAUUGCCGCUGACGAAGGCGCUUUUAAAACAAAAGUAAAUAGAUUUAUAAACAAAUUAGCAACAAAUAGCUGUGCAAAAAGGGAGGAUAAAAGACAGGUAAAUCACCGAAAACAUUUUUUCGAAUGGAAAAAGUAGAAUUUUCACGGGGAAUAGAUGAAAAUGAGUGACUGCGUCUUCAAAAAAGGAAGAAAAGAAUCUACAAAGACUUUUUAUCGGAUGAAAAGGAGUCGAAGAUUACGGAAAGAAAAACGAAAGGAUGAAGAGAAAGACCCGAAUUGGUAGUAAAGUGUCGUAGAGAGCAUAGUAAAUAGUAAAAGGUAGUGGAAUUGUAAAAAAAUCGACACGAGUGUAAACUAGUGGGUGUUUAUGAAUGAAAAAUUAACCAUUAUACAUUUGCGAAAUUUGGGGAGUUACAUGUGUCAAGUAUCAAAAUGACCGGCUUUUAACAAGUCCUUCACCCGAACGAAAUAAAAUAAGUGUAACUUCCUAAAAAUAUAAGUGAUUUGAAUACAUUCGUAAGGGUCGAGGGACAUUUUCGGUCAAUAGAAAAAUACAAGUUUUUAGUAGUUUUAAGUCGUGACCACUGGCAUGUACUUAUACGCUAAAAUAAACUUGUAUCACUUUCGCAACACCACCUAUUCACCAUAAUGCUAGUAGCAACCCCAGGGCAGGCAGCGACUUAUUCCCUUCUCGGCAGUAGUGCGCCUAAGAAGACAUGUCUUACCUCGUCUGCUACACCAAAGAGCACCACCAAUAACUCCACUGCGACAACUAGUAUUUGCAACAACAACAAAAGCAGCAGUAGCACAGCAUCUACGCUCAUGAAAACAAUAUCAGUACGGCUUAAUCGAGGCACCGAAUUUUUGAAAGAUACUGUGCAAAAAGCGCUUAUCAGCAACACCUCUAACUCUAAUAAUACAGCCACCAACUCUUCAAAUAGCAACUUCCGCAACACCAACAUCAACAACAUAAAUACAGCUGUUGUUGGGUCAUUAAAACAUAUUCAUGUGAAGUCAGCAACAGCAACGUCUUCAUCAAACGCUUUAGGAGCAAAGUCCACAGUUUUGGCGGCAACACCAUCAACAUCGUCAGGUGCAAUUGUUAGGACGAAAAUUGCUGCCAACAAUUCCAAGGCACUCAAGCUCCACACCGUUCCGCCCACCAAAAUACAUCGCUACCCACAAGAGCGGCAGGAAGUAAGCAGCACGGAUAGUAUCAACAAAGAAAUGUGCCAUUUUAAGCCGAUACUUUCGGCACCAACAAUGCGUUGGAAAUGUGGUAGUAAGUCGAGAGGCGGUGCAACCAUAAAAAUACCCAUAGCGUGUUUAGCAACGAAUAUUAAAAACUUGAACUGUGAUGACUGUUCGUUGGUAACCUAUAGCAGCAGCGAAGAUGAGAAAGCAGUAGAUGAAAACGAAGUUGAAGAAGAAGAUGAUAAGCAUCCGCAAAAAUACCACAGUUUUAAGCCAAAGCCAAGUUCCACCUUACUGACCACAAUCAUAACUUCCCCUUCGCAUCAAUCUGCAUUCGUCCGUCUGGUCGCACAAAUGAAGAAUUUGGUAAACAUAAAUCAAAGACCCAGUGAACAACCGCAGAGUAAGUCCUCUAAAAAGAUGGGUCAGUUAAAGAAACGCCACACGGCAACACGUAGCCGCCCUUCGAAAGCAGCUGUUUCAUUGAAACUGCCACAGCUGCGAAAAACGCCUGUCAAUUUGCCGUUGACGCAGGUCUUCCUUCGCAGCCGCAGGCAAUCCUUUGUACAAGUUAAGAAUCUCGAUUUGCCUACUGAGCUUAUUAUCAAAAAGGGGAAGAAAGUCACUGCAGAUGCAACUUCCAAUAAUAACACUGAGGCGGCUAGCAAAUCAACCAAGGACAUUACAAACACAACAACAAAGAAAGCCAAACGUAAUGUUAGCAAAUCUAAAGUCAUCAAUAUUGUGGCAUUUGCGCAGGAAAAGGGAUCCGCUCAAAAACAAAGCAGCGGAACCACAACAACAAGCAAAGAUGAACUGACUACUGAUAAUAACGUCGCUCCAGAUUCGGAAGUCAAGCUCAAUCAGCGUAAACGAAAGCGAAUCGAAGCUCCCAGUUCCGGGGAUGAAGUUGUAGGAUCCAAAGUGAACGACGUUAUAGUCAAUGAUUCCAGUGAACAAGAUGUCUUGCCGCCGCUGCGCAAAAGUGCAAGGCUUUCAAAAGAUGGUGGUAGUACCGAUUUGAUGAAAAUAGGGAAUUUGAAGAAGAUUACCGUUAGAAAAUGUAAGGCGCGAAGCAUGUCUAAACGUUCGACAGAUUCAUUUUCCCCACCAAUGACACGCUCACGGCUGAAAGAACUGAUGCAAAAUAAAUCGAGAACGACUGUGGGAAAUAUCAGAAGACAGUAGGUUGUCUGCGCCAUUAGGCAACGAAAUUAACAACCAUAAGUACUCAUAUUUUUUGUGACUUCCGUGCGUUGUGCCCGUUUGUACUGCUAUGUUAAGUUAUGUAUAGAGUCGAGUGAAGUCAUAACAAGGCAUUCAUGGAGCAGAGCCCCAAAAAGGUAUGCCAGCAACCAAUUUAAAAACGCCUAAAUUAAAAUGUGUCACUGGAAGUUUGAAAAAAAAAACAUGGCAUGACAUUUUUUUACUCAAACUGCUUGUUAGCGCUCUGUCCAUGCGUUUAUUAAAAUACCCUGUGUGCUGAAAAUUUAUUACUAAUAUAUUGCUAUUUUUAUUUUUCUUGUAAUAAAUCAUAAAUAAAUCGUCUAAGUCUUAUUUUUGAUACAAAUACGAAUGCAAAUACAUGUGACGAUGAACGUGCAGAAAUUAUACUUCCCAAAGUAAACAGCAUCUAAGCUCGAAGCAAGUAGAGUGCAUACUAUGAUUCCAUUUAAUAUACAUAAGUAUGUAGGUAGUUGGGGCAAGUCCCAUUGUUUUCUUUUUUAGUUUGCAAAAAAAGUUACAGUGACAUUUAUUCUUUAUGCCGAAUCAGGCCGUUUUCAGUAAGGAGUUAACCCAAAUUUGGCAGUUAACCAAUUCGUGGCACUCGCCCAAAUUCGGCCACUCGAAGUGAAAUAAGUCUGCUUUGGAUAACCAGGCGAUAUAUGUACGGUAUCGUUCAUAUCAAUAUAACCCCAUUUCACAGUGAUAUUGUUUGCCACUUAUGUUUAUUUACUUAGUUUUAUGAAUUUUCAAUUAAAAAACAGUUAAGUCUCUAACAAAACCCAUAUAAAAU